AUGUCUUGGGUGGCACAAAUGUCACAGGUGAAUCCAAAACCCGGAGACUUGAUUGAGAUUUCCCGGCCUGUUUACCAGCAUUGGGCUAUCUACGUAGGCAACGGAAAUGUGAUCCACUUAGCUCCAGAAAGUGAGGUCCCAGGAGCCGGCAUCUCUAGUCUUUAUUCUAUCGUAACUGACCAUGGAGUGGUGAAGGAAGAGCCUCUCUGGAAAGUGGUGGGGGAGGAUAAGUGCCGAAUCAACAACAAAUAUGAUGGAAGAUACACACGGCUGCCCAUACAUAAGAUCAUCUCGAGGGCAAAGGCAGAGGUGGGGAGAGUGAUGGCCUACAACGUGUUCAGUCAGAACUGUGAGCAUUUUGUCACUGAACUGCGUUAUGGCACCCCUGACAGCGACCAGGUAUGUAGACUCUCUUCCUCUGUGUGUAUUGACAGUCUGUGCAGUGAUAUUGAACUGGGGUACAGACUCCUGGUCCCAAAGAUUCCUCCAACGAAUGGACUGAACUCCUCGCAAGGGUCCCUUCGCUACCUAGACGGCUUCUCUUGCGAGGAUGCCUCCCCCGUCCUGCGGUCCUCCGGGGAGCUGAGCAGCCCUAGAUCAACUCAAGGAGGCUGA